UUGUGGUGUCACAAUCCCUCACUUUUUUUGUCCCCUGGAAUGUCACGCUAUUUGGGUUAUUCUUCAACAUGCAGACCUUUCCCAAUUUAGGAACAAUUUCGCGUCACGCUGGCGACGACCGCCGGAAAUCGGACCUGAAACUCCUCCGUCGUACGGCUGGUCGCGACAUCACCGGAGCCUCUCGCCGCGCGCUUCUUACUUCCUCCUCCUCCUAAUCUGUCUGUUUUGAAGCAAUUCACCAUCUGCAAAUCUGCAAUUCUGUCAACAUGCUAAAGGCCCCCACACAUCAAGUUGCAGGACACCAAGCUCAGAAUGGGAAGCUGGGACCCCUUGUGGACGACUCCGGGCUCUUCUACAAGCCUCUGCAGGGCGGGGGCCGUGGGUCUCACGAGCUCGCGUUCUACACGUCCUUCUCUUCAAACCCGAAGCUCCCGCCCCACAUUCGCCGCUUCUUCCCCGAGUUUCACGGCACUCGGCUCGUCGAGGCAUCCGACGGUUCCGGGUUGCUACCCCAUCUGGUUUUGGAAGACCUCACUUUCGGAAAACCCAACCCGUCGGUAAUGGACGUCAAGAUCGGUUCGAGGACGUGGGCCCCACAGCAGCCCGAGGACUACAUCGCGAAAUGCCUAAAGAAAGACCGCGGGUGUUCGAGCCCCGCCUUGGGUUUCAGGCUGGAAGGGGUGCAAAUGUACGCGGCAAGCGAAACCGGGUACUGGAAACCCGAAAGAAAAUCGGUUCAGAACCUCUCUGCAGCAGAAGUUGGCUUAGUUCUAAGAAAGUUUGUCUCCUCAAACACUUCAUCGGAUUGCCUCUUCGCCCCGGCGAUAUACGGCGGGCCCCACGGGGUUUUGUCGCGGUUGCUGGAGCUGAAGGCUUGGUUCGAGGAGCAAACUGUUUACCAUUUCUGUGCAUGUUCCAUUCUUGUGGUGUAUGACAAAGAGAUUGCGGGUCGGGGAACGGGCCCCGCGGGCGUGGAAAUCAAGCUGGUCGAUUUCGCCCACGUUCUCGACGGGCAUGGGGUCAUCGACCAUAACUUCUUGGGCGGGCUCUGCUCUUUGAUCAAGUUCAUAUCUGAUGUUCUUAAAACUUCAGAGGAACAUUAUUCAUGUGAUGCUCUUGCUUCGUUUGAGUGCACUUAAUAAUACGGAGUAAUACUUUGACUUCAUAUAAUUUUUUUAAAAAUUUGACAAGUAAAAAGUUUAUGUUUGAAAUUUGUUUAGAAGGAAAAGAGUUUUGGCCAUAUACUUUUUACUUUAUUAGGUAAUAAAAAAUGUGAAUAUUAGUGUGAACAACCAAAAAAGAAAGUGUGAAUGUUAAUUCGAGACGGAAGAAGUAAAGAGUGAAGUCUUGU